AUGACUUACAGUUGUAAAAGGAUUGGCAGUACGCAGUGUUGCAUAACAGAAAGAGAUAUAAGUGCAGCAAUCCUUUUUUUCACGUUGAAAGUAAGCUAUUCGACUGAGGAAAUUCGGUUCGCACUACGAAUAUCGCCAGAAGCGUGGAUGGAAGCAAGUGGAGAGGGAGCCAAAGGAGAAAAAAGGGGAGUUGGCGAAAUGGAUGAUGAAAAUAUUGAGGAUGAAUGA